AUUUCACAUACGACACUCACAAAACUCCUACCUCUCUGAGCUUCUUUCGAAUCCCAAAAUGGAUUCCGAAGCAGUGAUCGAGUUUUUAGGCGACGUGCCUGUGCUUCAGAGAUUUCCGAGCUCUUCUAUUCGGAAAAUUGCUCAAUUUGUUGUGGUUAAACGUUAUAAUUCUGGGGAAUAUAUUUUCCGAGAAGAGAAAACUGGGGAUGGAAUUUACAUUAUUUGUGAGGGCGAGGUGGAAGUCUCCAGUGCAUUUCGUGCAGAUAACCAUGAGUGUCAAGUUCUCCAGUGGAGAAAAUUUGAUUACUUCACCCAAAAUGAAUCUGUUGCGGAGGAAGAUAUAAUUGCAUUGACUAAGGUGACCCUGUUAAUGCUACCCCACAAAUUUAGUCCCCUGAUGCAGCCAAAAUCAAUUUGGAGUGCAGAUAUGAAUCUUGAGACACUCGCACCUGUGGAGCACAUAUUGUCCUUGGAUCCACUGGAUAUGAACACAUUCAGAGGAACCACCUUGCAAGGAGCUCCAAAAUCUUCUAACGUGUACGGAGGGCAGUUUAUGGGACAGGCAUUGGCUGCGGCAUCCAAAACAGUUCAUUUUCUUAAGAUUUUACAUAGCUUUCAUGCUCACUUCCUUCUUGCUGGGGACAUAAAUAUUCCAAUUAUAUAUCAAGUUGACCGGCUACAUGAUGUGCCUAAUCUUGCUACAAGAAGGGUGAAUGCAGUACAAAAAGAACGCCUUGUCUUCUUUUUGAUUGCUUCCUUUCAUAGGGGAGAAGAAGGGUAUGAUCACCAAGAACCAACAAUGCCUUCCAUGCCUGACCCGGAAAAGCUCUUGCCAGAGCAUGGAUUAGAGGAGGGUGUUAAGAGUCUUCCUAAUCUUCAGAGAAUCGAAGUUUCCACCCCAACUUCUGUCCCGUGGCCCACAGAAAUCAGGCCUGUGGAUCCUGUAAAGCAUACUCGCCAAACUGCACGCUCUCCGAGUGACGUUUACUGGUUGAGAGCAAAAGGUAAACUUCCUGAUGACCAGGCUUUGCACAGGUGUGUAGGGGCAUACUUCUCAGAUCUGCUAUUCAUUCAAAUCAGUCUUAAUCCACACCGUAGAAAGGGCUUGUCUCCAUCCUCUAUUAGUCUGGACCAUUCGAUGUGGUUUCAUAGGGAUUUUAGAGCUGAUGAUUGGUUGUUAUAUGUGAUUGAUAGUCCUACCGCGUAUAACGCACGAGGCUUUUCCCGUGGUCAAAUGUUCAACAGAAAGGGAGAGCUUGUUUUGUCGGCGAUGCAGGUGGGUGUCGUAAGGAAGACACGGUUUGUUUCUACUAUUACGUCAAGAAUAUAACUUUAACUCAUUUACGAUUAAAGACAUUGUUGUAUGAUUCUUUUUCUCAAUCAGAAAUCAUCAUUGAAAUCAUAA